AGUGGCGGCCCACAACCUUCUGUACAUGCCACCCUGGAGACACUACCUUUUGGAGGCGAGCCGGGAAUUUCAAACUGCCAACCUGUGGCUCAACCAUUUUGAAAAUAUCGACUUUGCUGUUUUCGAGUUCGGCAAGCGAACCACCUAUCUCCAGUCUCGUUUCUGCAUCCUGACCAUGACCUUGCUGUCCACGAGCUACAUCUACUCGACCCUGUUCUCCCACCUGGCCGGCUGCACCCCCUUCUCCUCCUUCUGCUACAUGCACGUCUGGCUCUACCUGCUGCUCAUCUGCUUCCAGUUCUACGAGAUUGUUGUUCUCAUCUGUGUGUACUACGCCAUUCCCACAUGCAUGCUUGCAAGGCUUCACAUAACCCCAUGGUACUUUAAAAUCACCUGGUUCAGCUACAAUGUUCUGUCGGCCAACAUCAUGUCAUGCAACGUCAUGUACAGCGUCAUUCUAACUGACAUCGCCAGGUACAUCGGCUACUUUAACAUGAUGUGCCAGAUCCUCCUGACGGUGAUGAGCGGUGCCAAUACCUGCAUGACGGCCAUACCCAGCCGGCUCUACCACAUGUACCAGCCCGUGGGGUUCACCUGCCUUUACCUGCUGUUUACCCUGGUGUACCCCAUGUUUGGGCUGACCAACAGCGAGGGGCAGCACAUGGUCUACAGGAGCUUAAACUGGGCAGAGCAUCCGGGGUACGCCAUCUUGGUGUCCACCCUUUGGAUAACUCUGACGAUGGCCUCUCACAUCAUCUGUGUGCUGACCUGCUGGUCCAGGAGGGUUGUCUUCCGGGGACACAGAAAGCAGACACGGCCCGAGUAUGGGAUGGAUGUCACUGAGUACAGCCCCCUGGAAGAAAUAGAGAUCCAUUGUCCGCAGCAUUGGAAGACUUCUAAGAGACCUUGCUGUUACAAAGGUUGCCUACACGAAGAAGGACCGCACCUGUACCCGUUCCACAACAUCGGCUAUGACCACCACAUCUCCUACAGUCUAGCCAAGGGCCGGAGACCCAGGCUGUACGCAGUGGACCGAUACGACCCGGCCAACCUGCCGUCCAGCUUCAACCAACGACUGGCACUGCUCAAGAACGUCCAUCCGAGGACGGUCUUAACCAACGCCCAUUUUGAAAUCCCCGAGGAGGAAACAGACCUCCAAGACAUAUGCAUCUCUUCAUUAAGCGAAACCAACCUGCACGGCCAGACCAGCUGUCGCCCCAAAACCUUCUAUCCCGGCAUACAACAGCUCAAGUCCUGCUCUGUCCUCUCCUCCCCCAGCCGCUUCACACACGCCCAGUUCAUCAAGAGCAAGUCCAAAGUCUUCACCAGGGUCUUCUCCAAACACGAAGCCAACCACCCGCAGUACAUCCACCAGCCGUCGUCAAAGGGCGGAGCGUUUAGCGGCGAUCACGUGACCCUCGAGAGGCUGAGAUGCCUGGAGGAGAGGAGUAUGAUAGAGUAUGAGGAUGAGGUGGAUAACUCCUCGGAUGAGGAGAGUUUAGAUGAGGAUGUGGAGAGCGAGGACAAUGAUGAUGAGCAUGACGAUGGCGAUCAGACACCCAGUGAGAGUUAUUUUAUGAUCUGAGUCAGGGAAGAGCUUGUGAUCUUGUGAUCUGAAUUAGGGAAGAUCUUGUGAUCUUGUGAUUGAAUCCGGGAAGAUCUUGUGAUCUUAAGCAGGGAAGAUCUUGUGAUCUUGUGAUCUUAAGCAGGGACAAUAUUGUAAGCUUGUGAUCUUAAGCAGGGAAGAUAUUGUGCUCUUAGGCGGAGAUCUUGUGAUCUUAAGCGAGGAAAAUCUUGUGAUCUUAAGCGAGGAAGAUCGGGUGAUUUUAAGCAGGGUAGAACUUGUUGUCUGAAUCGGGAUAGAUUUUAUGUAGAUUUUAUGUAGACUUUACACAUCUUUCUAUGAACGCAUGAUGUGAAACAGGAUAUAGCUUGUGGAGACUUAACAUCGUUUUAUAUGAAUGCAAGAGACAAAAUAUAUUUAUGUGAACAUUUUCAAAGUACUUGAUGAACUUAAAUUCAUAACGAAUUUAUUUAUAUUUUAAAUAUCAACUUAACCAAUAAAGUACAUUGUUAUAUUUUUUACAUGGACUUAAGGAAUAAAUUAUAUUUAUGAAGAAUAUAUGGAUAAUUAUAUUAUAAACAUUUUAGGUAUGUCUAAUUUUUGCUAAUUUAACGGAUUUGUUAUUCUAGUAUGGAAGGAAAUGAUAGAAUCAUUCAGUGGCGUCGUUAGGCCGGGUAUCACCCGGGGCGGUCCGCACCCCGCUCCCGCCUCACGACGCCCCUGGAAUAAUUAAAUUAGUAAAAAAAAACGCUAAAUAAUGUUCCAAGGAUAAAAGAUGUUCCUAUAAUUUGUCUAGGGUGAAACUGAUAUUCUUAUUGUUGGCAGUAUUAAUACAUAAAGCUUACACAUCUGUGAUC